GGCUCCCCCCCAAGGAUGAAUCCAGCGCUGGGCGGGGACGCGGGGAUCGCGACCGGGGAACGUGAUCACGAUCGAGGGGGGGUCGCGACAGACCCCCCACCACCUCCCGGACCUAAGACGGGACAAGAAGACUCAGGCCCACCGCAUCUCUCCAUGGCAGGAGCCUCCACUACCAUGUCAGCCGAAAACACCGUCCUGGCAGAUGAUGGGCAGGAGCUGAAGCAGAAUGUGGUGAGCCGGGUGGCCAACCUGGCCCUGGUGAGCUGUGCCUGCAGGGCAGUCUGCACUGCCUACACCUCCACCAAGCAGAGACACCCCUACGUCAGGACUGUCUGUGAUGCUGCUGAAAAGGGGGUGAAGACCCUGACAGCAGUGGCUGUCAGUGGGGCGCAGCCCCUCCUCACCAAGCUGGAGCCCCAGAUUUCCACUGCCAACGAGUAUGCCUGCAAAGGGCUGGAUAAGCUGGAGGAGAAGCUGCCCAUCCUGCAGCAGCCCCCCGAGAGGGUGGUGGCAGACACCAGGGAGCUGGUGUCCUCCACGGUGCGUGGGGCGGUGGGGCUGGUGUGGGGCAGCGUGGAAAGGACACGCUGGGUGCUCAGCAGCAGCAUGGGCAGCGUGGUUGGGUCCAGCCUGGGCCGGCUGCUGGACACGGUGCUGGGCAGAUCAAAGGAGGUGAUGGAGCAGGACCUGCCCGAGGAGAGCGAGGAGCCGGCGGUGGCAGAGGUGGCAGUGGCUGAGCGGCAGGGACGGCGGCAGAGCUGCUUCGUGCGGGUGGGCGAGCUCUCGGCCCGGCUGCGGGACCGAGCCCUGCGGGGCUCCCUGGGCGAGCUGCGGCGGGCACGGCACAGCGCCCACCACCUCCUGUCCCAGCUCCGCCGCGUCUUCGAACUGAUCGAACAGGGGCGGCAAGAUACAGACGGGCACGUCCAGAGCACCCGGCAGCAUCUCCACAACAUGUGGCUGGAGUGGAGCCAGCAGGAUGGGCAAGAUGCUGAACCCAUGGAGGAGAGUGAGGUGGAGGUGCGGACGCUGGCCAUGGUGCGGGAGCUUCUCCACCAGCUCCACAGCACCUGCACCCGCUUGGCCACCGGUGCCCGGAGUCUCCCCAGCAGCGUGCAGGAGACAGCAGGACACAUCCGUCAUGGCGUGGAGGGUGUCCAGGCUUCCCUCUCCAGCGCCCGCUCCCUCCACGACCUGUCGGACCUGGUGCUGGCGCAGAGCCGGGAGACCGUGACGCGGGCGCAGCUGAGCGUGGAGGAGCUGCUGGAGUACGUGGGGCAGCACACGCCCCUGCCCUGGCUGGUGGGACCCUUCGCCCCCACCCUGGUAGAAUACCCGGAGGAUGUCCCGGUGGACAUGGCCAAGUGGGAGGGUUGUGUCACCGUCGGGGGGACGCACCGGGUGCCCCCUCCCCCCCAGCUCUGCAGCCAACAUUGAACCCUCCUUCUGGUGCCACCAAGCAAUCUGGGGAGCACCCACAGCAGCCAAGCCCAGCCCCGUGGGGGAUCAGGUGACAGUGGAGUCGGCGACCUGAGUGGGAGCCCUGUUGCCGCAGCUGGGGGUCGCGUUUGGGGAUGGGAUGGUGGCAUGUGAAGGACAGGGAGUCUGUCCAGCCCCGCCCGCCCUGGGGCUCCCCACAGGGUCUACAGGCCCAGAGAAUAAAUACCAGGACCUUCUGUCCUGGGAUCUCUUGUC